AUGGCAUCUCCAUCCUCAGUCAGCACCCGUCUCGAGGAGAAUGAGUCGGACUGGCAAUAUGGACCUCGCUCAGCCAAGCGACGCAGACGAGCUUCUACAGCGGGUGCCUCAAGACACUCACCUCGCGAAAUUGGAUUCAUGAGGGAGCCUCAAAACGAAGGCUCCGCUAGUUUCCUCGGCAGCUCUAGCGGGAUUCACUUCAUUCGGCAUGUCUAUAACGCCUUUGCUCGCCGGUCAGCGGACCUGCAGCAGAACCGAACCCGCGAUAAGAGCUCUGUCCCGGGUGAAGAUGAUCGGCUACGCCGAGAUAGCCAGAGUACUCACGACGUUGACGCGUUUUGGCUGCGUGAAGAACUGAACUUUGCUCCAACCGCUGUGUUUAGCUUCGAGGACCUGGUGAACUGGACGCGUCGAUAUUUUGAAAAUUGGCAUCCAUGUUUCCCUUGUCUUCAUGCGCCGACCGUGUUGCAGGCCAUGGAAAGCCUUGCCCGUCAGGGGCCCGAGUCUGUCAGCCACUUGGAUAUGAUUAUCAUCCGUUCUCUCAUCUCGAUCUCCCUUGGAGAUGCACGCCAAGCCAAAGGUCCCGCGUCAGAGAGAGAGCCAAUUCCAGCGGGCCUCGUAUUCCAAACAGUGCAGCAUGUUAUGCAAGAAAUUCAAAGCCUACUUGCAGAGCCCACAACACUCCCGCUGCUCCAGGCAGCCUUCACGGCCCAAUUGGCACUCACUUCGCUUCUGCGCCUGAAUGCAGCCUCUCGGGUAGGAGGUGUAAUCACGCGCACGGCGUUUCAUUUAGGUCUGCAUCGCUGUCCUGGCCGAUUUUCUUGUUUCAGCAAUGAGGAGAUUGGCAUCCGAAGGCGCCUAUUCUGGUCCAUCUAUUCACUGGAGCGGUAUCUCUCUCAAGCCCUGGGGAUUCCUCUCGGUAUCCGAGAUGAUGACAUUGAUGUGUGCUAUCCAGACGCUGAAAGACAUGUCACUCCAAACCCUUUACCACCCAGUGAUCAGCGCCUGCGGCUGCUUUGCCACCUCGCCAAGUUUGCCAGGAUACGGGGUCUGAUACUGGAGCUUCGCAACAAAUCUAUUCUUCAUAGCCAUGCCGGUGCGCUGGAGGCCUCCCAUGUCAAUGGUGAACUGUCUCAGUGGUGGAACGAAGUCUACGACGAUGUCAACCCAAUCGAAGAUUCUGCAGACGUUGAAUCAGAAGCAAGCGCCACACUCACGCCGUAUCAUCGAUUACUUCUGAUGAUUCUUAGGCACGAGGCAAUCAUUGCGAUGAAUCGACCACUGCUUGCUUCAGAGAAGCCCAAUCCUGAUUACAAACAUGCGCUGCAAACUUGUAUUGCUUCGUCUCGAUCAUUACUGGCUGCAUUGAAGAGAUACAUGUCUUCUGAGUCCUAUGUACCACUCACCUGGCCAUCCUUCACUUGGACGACAUGGAUGGCUUGUCUCAUCUUGAUGUAUGCAUCAUGGGAGGGCGAACUGCCCGUUGCCACGGCGUUGAAAUACGCCAAAAUGGCUGUCCAUGUCUUGGAGAAUCUUUCGUUGCGUGGUAGUAGCUGGCCAGAAACAUGCAUUGAGGCAAUCAAAAGCAUGGAAUCAGCUCUGUCGACAAAUAUACCUGGCAGAAAUGCACAAGAAAUGCUUCCUGGGCCCUCAGGUUCAGAAGGAGGUACAAAUAUCAACCAGGUCUUGCAAGAGAAAACCACUCCAAGUGGGGGAAAUGGCCUCUAUAAUCACAACAUGAGGCCCGUUUCAAAUCGAAUAAACCCGACUUCAGUCCCGUAUGACGGUCGUGGAGUCAGUGAAUACAACGCCGCCUCAUAUUCGGGCGUAUCACAAGAAUCUGAGCUUCGUACGCCUGCCGUUCAAAGAGUUCAGUCUGGAGACCAUUAUGAUUCUGCUAUCUUAUCCACGCCCAGGAAUCCUGGAAGUGAUGUCAACGACACUUUGAACGAUGACCAGAUCCUGAGUACUCAAAACUCGGCUGGGCUUAUUUUUGGGAAUUUGGUCAACAAUACUACCCCCUUCUACCCCGGCAUCGCAGGCCAGGACCCAUUACCUUUCUCAGACCCGUCUUCACUUUUCAUGAACGAUCUAUGGAGUGUGGCUGAUGGCCCAUGGAUGAUUCAUGGGAACUUUUUGUAA